AGAGGUUAUAUAGUUACCGCAGUGCCUGCCUGCGCUGUCAGUGAGUCCUGUUAGCCAGUGCCACGACAUGGAGAAGCGGUGGAGGACUUCUUCUUUAUUGAUAGCGACGCUCUUCUGUCUUGCCAUCACCUCUCGGGCAGAACCAACAUGUAAAAGCUGCAGAGGUGUUGGUGGCCCGUUUGUGGAAGGCAAUGUUUACAAGUACCAACUGGAAGGCUCGACUACCACUACUCUACCCGGUUCAGACAACGCUAUAACAACUCUCGGUCUCUCAGCUACAGCCGAGGUCUUCGCCGAGUCCAAGUGCCAACAUGUGCUCAAACUGUCCAACGUCGUAGUCUCUGGCCCCGACGGCAAGAAGUACGACGGACUGAGCGCUGAGUGCGCCAAACCAGUCAAGUUCUCGUACCAAGAUGGCAAGUUGUUGGAGGUUUGCGCAGAAGCAGAGGACCGAGGCGCGGCGCUCAACAUCAAGCGAGCCGUCAUCUCACUGCUUAGCUCUGCCAAGCGAAGUGACCAAGGAACUGAAUCUGGACAUGAGAAUGACGUGUUUGGUAUUUGCCCGACCGAGUUCUCCUUCUCCAAAGACGGAAGCAAGGUGACGAUCCACAAGACCAGGAACCUCAACAGAUGUGCGUUACGCGAAGACUUCAACUUCCCAUUCCCCACCACGGCCUACCAGGCGGUGCAGAGCAGUUUUGGUGCGUUGGAGACCUCCCCGCUGUUGGGAGCUCAGCUGACGGUCGACCAGGAGCUGGAGGGAGGAGUGCUGAAGAAGGCCGCUGGUGAGGAAGUCUACGUCUACAGACCUCUCGUCAACCCUGAGGCGGGUGCCAAGGUCACUGUCAAGUACACUCUGGCCCUACAAGGUUCCGGCGCUGGCUCCAUCCCUGCCAAUGUGAACAGCCCCAAGGUAGUGUUCUAUGAGAAGGCUCACGACGCUGAUGGUGUGAAGAAUGCUGAUGCUAUCAAUGCAGCUCUGCAGAAGGCUACUGCAGCAGUGGAGCCAGUGGCUACUGCUGAGGCAGCCAAGUCGUUUGCUCACCUCGUGUACACCAUCGAACAAGGCAGCAAGGCGGACAUCCUGCAAGUCUACAACGGAGCCCAGGGCAAGACCGCCAAGAACCUGUUCCUGGAUGGACUACUGUACGCAGGCAGCGCAGAGUCUGUUGAAGCCGCCGCAGAACUGCUCAGCUCCCAACAAAUUCCCGCAGAUGCUGCUCUGCGUUGGUACCUGGACCUCAACUUUGUCAAACACACAUCCAGAGGCUCACUGAAGGCUCUCCUGCCUCUGCUUGCCUCUGACAAGGUUCCCGUACAAGCCUACCUCGGCAUCGGCUCUGUGGCUGGCAAGUUCUACCUGCAACACCCAUCUCUCGCCGACGCUCCCGAACUGAAGGAGCUCCUGACCAAGCUGGCCGCUCCCCUGGAUGCUGGCUGCAAGACGGACUCUCACGACAAGGAAAACAAGAUCAUCGCUAGUCUGAAGGGUCUGCGAAACACUCGUCACCUGAGUGAUGAUGUCGCCGCCAAGGUAGCUGCCUGCGCUUCUGACAAAACCGCCAAGACCAGAGUCAGGGUUGCCGCCAUCGAGGCUUUCUUCGCUGAUCCCGCUAAGUCAGCUUUGAAACAAGCCGCAACAGCCAUCCUGAAGGAUGUGGAGGAGGACUCAGAGCUCAGGAUCAAAGCCUAUCUUGCCCUGGUACAGGCUCCAUGUCCUCACGUAGCCGACACUGUCAAACAACUGGUGGACAGCGAACCCAUCAACCAAGUCGGCAGUUUUGUCAUCUCCCAUCUCCGUAACCUGAGAGCGUCCGUAAGCCCUGAGAAGGAAGCAGCGAAACAAUUCCUCGGCAAUAUCAUCAGCAAAAAGAAGUUCCCUAUUGACCAGCGCAAGUUCUCCCGCAACUACGAAGUCUCUUACAGUCUGGACGCGAUCAACAUCGGCGCUGUGGGCGAACUUAACCGUAUCUUCUCUCAAAAGUCAUUCAUCCCGAGGUCGGUCUCAUUGAACCUGACCACUCAACUGUUUGGGCACUCUCUCAACCUGGCAGAGGUCGGUGUUCGAAUGGAAAACUUGGAAUAUCAUCUGGAGAAAUACUUUGGACCCAAAGGACUUCUGAAGUCCAGAGGAAUCAAGUUUGUUGACAAAGUCGGUGAUGAUAUUGAAGAGGCAGUGAAAAAAGUCAAGGACGCAGCGAAUAGACCUAAACGUUCUGUCUCCAAGGAACAAGCUUCCGCCGCUACAAACAAGAUUGAGCUGGGCCCCGACUACGAGGAUCUGGACACUGACUUGGAUUUGUCUGUGAAACUGUUUGGCUCAGACAUCGCUUGGUUUAACUAUCACUACAACCGCCUUGAUGUCAAGGGACUCAAACAGAAGUUGCAUGGUGAAGUAGAACAGCUAGCGGACAAAUCUAAGGCUUUGGACAUUGACUACAAGAAGGCUCGUCAGUUCCUGGACGUUGGAGUCAGCUACCCUACAGGCCUGGGACUGGCUCUGAAGGUCAAGGUCAGCGGAAACUCUGCAGUCAACAUCAAGGUCAAGGGUAAUGUUGACCUCAAGGCCAUCUACAACCACCCCGACACUGCUCAUGUGGCUCUGCAAGUGGUGCCCAGCGCCAACGUUGAGCUCGCUUCUCUGUUGUCGGUUGACGCUGACGUUGUUGAGACCGGAGUCAAAGUAUCGGCCAACCUCCACUCUUCUACAGGUUCUGACAUCACUGUUAAGGUUCUGGACGGCUACGGUGUUGACGUUAAGCUCGGUCUCCCCGUGAAGAAGCAAGACAUUCUCAACUUCAAUUCCGAUGUUGUCUCCAUCGUAAGAGAGAAGAAGGGAGGCGAGGUGGAAUCACCAAUCAAGUUCGAUGUUAAAAGACAAGACCACGGGGGUUGUUUUGACCAGCUGAGCGCUCUCACAGGACUCACCGUGUGUGGAGAAGUAUCUCUCCCCAUGGAAGGGUUCAAGGUGCUCAGUCCUGCGUACGGUCCAUCGCGCGCGUCCUUGCGUCUGGAGAAGGAUGAUGAGUCACUCACCGCGUACCACUUCAAAGCAUUCUACAACAACAAAGAGCCAAACCAAGUAACCUUGGAGGUACUUUUGGACACACCCAACUCUAAGACCAGCAGAAAGUUUGGAGUUCACGUUCACGGUACAUCAAAGCCUCAGAAACAGAUUACCGUCACUUUGGCUUCUCCGUUCAAACAAGCAUCCUUUGAAGGUCUGGUGAUUGACACUGACAAUGAACAAGCCAUCUCUGCCAAGCUGCUGGCCGACGGAGCCGAGUACUCACUGAAGGCUGGAGCUCACGUGUCCGGUGACGGAAACAAGAAGAAGUACGAACCUAUCCUGGAGUACAAGUACCCGGAGGCAGCCAAGAGUGAGAGGGCUUGGAUAGGACGCAAGGGAGCUGCGAAGGGCGGCCGAACUCAGCAGUCCUCUGUGGGCGUUACAGGUGCCGUUUUUGUGGAGAAAAAACCCGACAGUCCGUACCGCAAGUACGAGCUGAAGGCCGUGACACUGACGACCCCGCGUAUCAAGGUGACGGUUGACGGUGUCGUCACUGUUGACGCCGACCUUGUGGCAACCGACCUGAAGGCUUCUUACGACAAGGACUCGUACACACUCAACUCCAAGGUGCAGAAGCUCGGAGAAAGCAAGUACAUUGCCAAGAUCGAGUUUGUCCCCUCACAGUACCCAGACUUCGGUGCCAGUGUCAAAUGGGAGUACGAGAGAGUGCCACAAAAGCUGGAGAACAAACUUGUGGUUGUCCACGGACCCGAUCUCAAGAGUGAGACUUCUCGUCUGUCCAUACAACAACUGCUCAAUUACAAGUAUGAAACUGUCAAGGUGUUUGACUUCCACACUGAGAAUACAGUGACCUACCCCCUGCUUGGUAUCUCUGCCUCUGUCAAGGGUGGAGCCACUCCUAAGAGUGCUGACUAUGAUAUUGACGUCACUUACGACAAGACCAACGUCAAGAGCAAACUGGACGCCAAAUCCGGAGGCAAGAAUCCCCUCGACUACUCUGUUGACUUUGAGGCUGCUGCGUUGGGCAACAGCGUCCACUUCAUCAGCAAGCACGACCGAGUUACACCAACCAAGUCCAAGUUCGCCAAUUCACUGGAGAUUAAACCUGGCGGCAAGUACCAACUGAACGCUAUCUCUGAGUUCAACGCAAAGUCUGGAGAUUUCCUGCAAUCUCUCGACGCCGAACUGAAGAUGCCUCAGGACCCUAAGAAUAUCAAACUCAAGACCAAGGUUGAAAUGAACAACAAAGAAAAUGAAAUCGAACUCGCAAUAAGCGCCGGAAACAAACACAUCAUUGAUUUUGAAUACGAGCGCCAGAAGAAAAUCGAUCCCUCUGGCAAGUUCAAGCUGUCUGUUCCCAAGUACGUUGAGAGCGAAGGAUCUUUCGAGGCCAAGGCUGACAAACUUUCUGGAGUUUUCCACGUUGACAUCCUCAAGACUGGAAGAAAGAUUGAAGGAAAAGUUGACCUAACCAAGAGCCAAUCCCAAGUGAAGGGCUUUGGAGAGGUUCUGUGGGACUCUAAGAAAGACCCAAGCAAGAAGAUCCAUAUUGAGACCGACACCACAAUUGCUGGAAAAACCAUUGAUUCAAAGAACACAGUGCAAGUCCUAGAACACAAGGGAGAGGUGAAUGUGAAGGGAAGUCUGGAAGGUUCUCUCACUGACGGAACACUCAUUGGAGACGCUGAGGUCGUCUUGCCCAACGGCAGAGUCCUGGCCGCCAAGGUUAACCGCCUAGUGCACUUGGGCCCUGAAGACAACAAGGUCGAAGGCACGUGGGAACUGUACGAUUUUGCCUCCAAGAGUGCUCAACCCAGGAAGGUGGUUUUGAAGAUCGCAGCCAAGAACGUGAACCCUGUGAAGGUUCAGUUUGACGGACAGGUUGACUUGACCUACGUUACACCGGAGAAACAAGAUGUCGUUCUGCAUGUAGUCGGCAAGAAGAUCCCUCAGGCUGAGAAAUGGUCCAUCUCUGGACAGGGUUCAGUGACCGGUUCACUCAUCAAGUACCCGAUCCACACCAAGUUGAAUGCGGAAGUGUCUGACCAGCUGAUCAAGGGACAGCUGACAGCAGACAAGAAGUUCCCUCCGGCUCAUUACGACUUUGAGCUGAAGGCUGGAAACGACAUCGCCAUCAACUCCAACGGAAAAGUGAAUGGUGAACAGUUGAACAACGACAUUGAACUGACCUUACCAGCUGACCUACCUGUGACCUCUGUAAAGUGGCAUACGGCCAACACCGUCAACAUCUACCAUGCAGGAGAGGCCGGCCGAAAGGUUGUAACCAACAACGCCGUACAUUGGAACAAUGACAAGUUUGUGAAGUUCAACGUGGAAGGAGCUCAGAAGGAGCAGCACGCCGAGGGCAAGGUGGUGUGGGAGUCUCACGUCCUGAGUGCUCGCACACUCACUUACAAGGUCAACUGCGACGACAAGAAACAGAAGGGAGAGGUAGACCUGGCCCUGGCGUGGGAGGGCAAGAACGCAGACGUCAACGUGAAGGCGGACGUAGGCUCAAACCCUGUCCAUCUCACAGUGACCAGCAAUGUACCCGAGCAUGGCAAAUUCGAACUGGACGCAUACCACAAGAUCGUAGACGGAGGAGAGUCAGGCGAGACCUCAAUCUCCGCCUCAGGCAAGGACAAGAAGUUGGUCUACACAGGCAAGUACUCCAAGAGCAAGACGGCGCCCUACAUCGAUGUCAGUCUGGAACUGCCUCAGGGCAAGUCUCGCUUCUACACCAAGCUUGAGAAGAAGGGUGAGCAACACGCUCUGGUGGAGGCAAAGUUACUGUGGCCGGCCCAGGGCGGUGGCAGUCUCGACCUCAACGGAGAAGUGAACGUCAAGAGUCUCGACAGCUUUUUAGUCAAACUUUUCGUCGACAGUCCUAAACUUAGCUUGAACAAGAUGGAGUUUGAGGCAGCCAACCAGCCAGCCAAGUCUGCGGCAAAACAGAUUUCCUUCCACGGCAAGAACGGCGACAAGGAGAUCUCUGGAAAUCUGGCUUUGGUCUCCAAGGGAACCGCACCAAACAUCCACUACGAGGGGACUGGAGUGUUGAAGGUCGGAGAAACAUCGUACCCACUGGAGUUCAAACUGAAGACCGAACAUGAAAAGGGCAAGAAAUUACAGAACGAGCUGGAAGUGAAGGCUGGCAAGUACUCCUACUCAAGUCACACCUUGGUGGAAAUUGACGAGGCUUUGAACUCGUUCAAGCUUGAUAGUGACGCCAAGUACUGCAAGGAAGAAGGAUGCAAGGCCGACUCCAUCAAGAUGCACUCACACAGAAAAGGAUUUGAGGAGUACGAGGCGACCAGCGAGGCUAAGCUGGACAUGUUGACUCACAUUGUACUGGACAACCCUCUGGUGAUCAAGAGUCAUUACAAGAGAACCGGCUGGAACAGAGACAACCUGCUGGAGGUGGAGAACGGAGCGGACAAACUCAAGUACCACAGCUACAUCAAAGACGACCAGUCUGGAGUGGAGCUGACCUUACCCAAGCGAACCAUCGCUGUAGAAUCUGUCUACGAUCUGGCAAAGGGAGGAAAACCGGCGUUCAAGAUCGAAACCAACUUCUGGCUUGAUAAGAAGAACAACCCUAACGACAAGACAGGUCUGCUGUUGGCUUACGAGGCUACCAAGGUGGCUGAUGGUGUUUCCACCUCGAGCGAGGCUAAGUUCAACACUCCUGGACUGAAGGAGCUGACCGUGAAGGGAGAUUUUAAUGUGAAUUUGAAGGAUCGUACAAUCCAAGGUAAGCUGGAGGCUGACGUGUUUGCCAAGAAGAACCAGAAGAUAGUUGUCGACUACAAGGCCGUCGCUAAGAAAGACAAGGACAGCUACAAUGCCCAUGACACCCUGCACAUCCACAGCAAGGCACUACCCAUCGACUCUCAAAUUGAAAGGAAAUUUGAACUGACAAAGCAGGGCUUCUCUUACUUUGUCACUGCUUACUACGUCGACUCCAAGAAUGCCAAGAGGGAAUCUGUUGUCAAAUUUAACAUCAAACCUCUCAGCCAAGACAUCCUGGUUAAACUUCCAGAAGGCACCAUCUUUUCAUUGGACUAUGACUCGACCAGAAAUGGAAAAGAAAUACACGGAAAAGCUAAAUCUGAAAUUGUAGGACAACAUUAUGAAGAAGAAUUUGAUCUGAAACCCUACAGGCUGAAGUCUAAGUCUUCUACAAAGAAUGGAGACAAGAGCGGAGUGCUGGACGUAGACGUGGGGGCCGAGCUUGGUCAGCUGGCUGAGGUUAACCUCAAGUUCAACAGCAAGCCUCUGCUCAGUCUAGAGGUGGCCCUGGACGAAGCUCACUUCCUCAAGUCCAAACACAGCUACAACACCGACGUUGCCAAGGAGAUCAUUCAAUUCUACAAGGAUCACUACGUCGGCAUUGCCAAGUCCGCCAAUAAGAUCGGCAAAGACAGCGCAGCCAAGUUGGCCACCGAGGUAACAGAGAAGGUCGAGGCCAUCCGUAAAGCUCUGCCUAACUUCAAGCCUGCCGUAGAACAUUACAAGAAGGAACUGGACCAGAUGAAGGAAGAGUUCAAAAGCAACGAGCAUGUCAAGGACGUCGUCGACUUUUUGAAGAGAACGUUUGGCACUGUGUUUGCACAGAUCAGCGCCAUCGUACAAGAGGCAGUGACCUCCGGUCAACAUCUACUGGAGCUGCUGAACCAAGGCCUUGAGAGAAUCACUCAGUCCGUCAAGGCUACCAUUCCCAAGCUGAAGGAGAGCUAUGAGAAAGUCUCAGAAACUGUGUUCGCUAUCACUGACGACCUGCUGAAGGUGAUCACCUCAUUGGUGGAUAGCAUCCUGGACAAGAUCAAGGAACAUGAGAAGGAAAUUCAAGAACUCACUGAUGUCAUUUCUGACUUUUUCCAUGAUAUGGGUAAGCUUGGAGCCGUGUCCGUUGGUGAACUUCAUAAGCAAGUUAAAGAUUUUGUUACUACACUGUGGGAACAGAUUCAAGCUAUGCCUGCUUACAACAUGAUUCAAGAGAAGAUCCAAGAGCUGAAGAACUUCAAGAUCCCGCAGCAAUACUGGGAUACUUACCACGAACUGGUCACCUCGGCUACCAACUUCCUGCCGACCCCUGAACUUCAAGAGUUCGUCAAAACUGCUUCCGAAUACUUUGAAAAGAUUGUAAAGCAACAGCCGUUCAACAAACAAGAGGCAGCCCAGGAGUUGUACAAGGAGUUUGUUGCUGCCGCUCGAUCUCUCGUGCCCUUCCUCGAGUCUUACAAACCAGACACAAAGACUGGAGCUGUUCCCAGCUUCCUGUUCCCGAUUCCGUCGUUCAGUCUGUUUGUCGCUCCUCCUGGUACGUUCCGCUUCAGUCUGCUCAACUGGGUGCGUUCCUCAGACCUUCCCACACUCUCUGAGGUGUUCCACACUUACAGGCCACAACACAGCCCGCUGGACUUCAUUCCUCCGUUCUAUGCUAGUGCCCAGCUUCUGGGAGGCACCGAGUUCUUCACUUUUGACAAGAAACACUACAGCUUCAAGGGCAGCUGCAGUUAUGUGCUCAGCACCGACGCUCUUGACAGCAACUUCACCAUCGUCGCCAACAUGGAGGGAGGAAAACUCAAGUCUAUCACUGUCUUUGACCAUGAGAACAGCGUGGAGUUGCAGCAUGAUGACACGGUCCUAGUCAACGGACAGCCCGCAGACCUGCCCGUGAGUGUGGGAGAUCUCAACAUGUGGCGCAAGUUCGACUCCGGCACAGGAUUCGCCACUUACUCUGGACUCAUGUUCUUCUGUACACCUCACCUGCAGUCGUGUGCAUUCAGCAUUAACGGAUACUACUUUGGCAAGACCCGCGGACUGCUGGGAACCUACAAUAACGAACCUUACGACGACACUCUGCUGCCUCAGGGCAAGCUGGCCAAGUCUACUGCAGAGUUUGCCAACUCAUGGAAGGUAAGUCCUCAGUGUGCUGAUGGUGCAGUACAUGACUCUCCAGCCGCUCCUCAACCUGAAUGUGACAAACUGUUUGCUGGCGACUCCAGUCUUAGGGGAUGUUUCUCGUACGAGAAUCCGGACAGGUUCCGUGAGGCUUGUAACCGCCAAGUUGCCGAGGCCAGUGGAGACGCCAAGCAGGAAAGGGCUUGUAACAUUGCUCAGAGUUACACCGGUUAUUGCUACUAUGUACACUUCGUCAGGACCAACCUUCCCGAUCACUGUGGCAAGUGCCAAGUAGGCUCCCAGAGUAUUCAGAUUGGAGAGUCCGCACCAGUCAAGACCCCUCAGAAGGAAGCGGACAUUGUGUUUGUUGUUGAACAGCUGGAGGACAACCAGGAAGUGUUCAACAACCUGGUCACGCCUCUGGUGUCCACACUCACCAACGACCUCAAGGAGAAGGGAAUCACUGAUGUGAACUUUGCCCUUGUCGGUUACGGAGCUCCCAACCAGAAGUGGCCAGCAGUAUACACCUUCAACGGAAAGUUCAACCAGUUCCCCGGAACCGCCAAGAACAUUCACUUUGACAAGAAACCCGAAGUUGAGAAUCCCAAACUGAGCGACAAAAUUGAAGAAAUCUUUAAGAAGAUCCAAAUUGAAACUGGCAUGUCUAAGGCAGCCCAGGCUUUCAAAGAGGCAAUCCAAUAUCCAUUCCGCCCUGAAGCAACCAAGACAGUGAUUGGAAUCCUUUCCUCCGAAUGUGAGAAGAAUGUCUUACCGUUCCGUUCCCUCAACAUGCUCAUUCACAGAGUUAACCUCUUGAAGGCCGGCAUUUCUACCAACCUGGUCCUGCCCAUCAAGGACCUGAGGAUUGAAGGGAAAGAUGAAAAGGUCGCUGCUAAUAUUGUUGGUUUUGACUCAGAAACAGUCUACACUCAGAGCGAAGCCAAGAGGAAGGUGCUCAAGGGAGAUGAAGAAGCAUUUAAGAACUUGAAAUACGAAAAUGAAGCCUGCAUUGACUUUGCUCUCGGAACAAACGGAGCAGUGUUCAGCUCAAGCAACUUUGUGAAAGGCAAGCCGCAGCUGAGGAAGAACUUCAUGCAGGUUGUCGCCAACAAGAUCGCCGAGGAGUUGACAAGUCAGGAGCUGCGAGAAGAGUGCAAGUGUGAGUUGGAGAGAGGGAUGCUGGUCCGAACAAGAUGCAAAGUUACUGGCCGCAAGGAGAAGGAAGCUCUCACUAAAGGCGUAAAGGGUGGAGUGAAAGGCUGAGUUCUUCUUCUUCACUAAAGUAUUGCUUCUUCAUCUUCACAAGUCAUUAAUUACAUCGUAGAUUUUAAAUUUACACUCGGCUCAAUCAUAUCAAUACAAAUUAUGUGUCUUAUGCAUACACUUUUUUACCAAAUAGUCGUUAUAGAAAACUCCUUGUUUUUUUAGUUUUGUACAUUGUGAAAAUCUGUAGACACCGUAGUUUUUUACAGAUCAUAGAAAUAUCCAAUUGUAUUUAAUUUAUUAGUAAAAAUAAUAAUAUUUAAUAAUUAAUAACUUAUAAUAAUGGUUAUGUAUAUCUAUUGCCCUAAGCGCAUUUGCAAUAAUGCUUAGUUAUUUACCAGUGAUUUUUAUAUAGGUUCAAUAUUUUAAAGUGUUCUAUAUCAUGUUUGGACUUUUAUAGCAAUUUAUAAACACAACAUAUUAAUUUGUGAUUUUCUUGAUAUUUUUAGUUUUGUAUUUAUGUAAUAAGAAUGAAUUUAUCUAGGUGUAGUGAUUUUGUAACAGUAUAUUACUUUAGUACUGUUGGCAGGCCCUUGUUAUUUCUACGUCAAGUCGAUUAAUAUAAAAAGUCCAGAACAAGUAAUUUUGAGCUGUUGUUUAUGUCCUAUAACACUUUGCUGUUUUGUUUUUAAUUUUAUAUGGUAAAAAUCUGUUGAGGAUUAAAUUUUAUUGUCAACAUUCAGUUUAUUUACACAGAUUGUAUGAAAGCUCUUUACACAUAUAGUACUUACUUAAAGAAUUUUACAUUUCUGAAAAGGUAACAUGAUAGCUACAUUUCAAUGCCAAAUUAUUUAUAAAAAUAAAUUAAUGAUAAAUAAAAAAAGCCGUCCUCAAAUGAAUGUAACAUUUAAUGAGGUAUUAACUUGAUUAAAUUUACCAUAAAAAAAGUUUUUAGCUCAUUAUAAGUUACAUAUUCGAACAAUCAAAUUUUUAUAAAUUGUAAAACAAACAAAAUUUCCAACCUGUGGUAAAAUGAAAGUAGUGGAAGACAGCUAAAAUUAGAAACUAUCAUUAUUUAUGUACAUAUGGUGUAAUUGAUUGUAUUAUUAAAUAUUUUAUUGUUACUUAGUAAACUAUUAAAAAAUAA